AUGCGUCGGCCAUGUGACCAAAAUGAAGCAGGCCUCCUCAAACAGCGUCAAGACUUUAACAAUCUUGACCAGGAACUCAAAGCAUUCAUCUCGCACAUUGCUGAAGGCCACAGAAAAAUAGAACAGCUUUUGCAAGAUGAGGCGACCACAACUAGACAACACGUCACUAACGAAAACACCCGAAUUGUGAACUCUGUCAAUGCUCAUAUUACGACAGAGGCAAAGGAUCGAGAAACGAGAGAGGCCAUAUCAGCUCAGCGGCAGCGCUUUCUCGGAAGCUUCAGAUUUCAGGAGAUGAAUGAGCGGAUGAACGCUAUCACUCACCCAGAGGAUGCUUGUUUUGACAAGAUCUUAGAGUCAUUCGAGAAGAUGGCCCGCAACAAGGUAGAAACUCCCCUUGGGACUGCCGAAUCCACGACGAGUUCCGAGGGCUCCUCUGAGGGUUCUACUGAAGAGGUAGAUCAGCUUUGGAACAGCUUUGCGGACUGGCUUCAAUCAGAUCGGCAACUGUUUUGGAUCCAGGGUAAACCAGGUUCCGGCAAAAGUACACUCAUCAAGUAUGUCGCGAGCAAGGACGCCACCCAAGCAUUAUUGAAGCAGUGGAAUCCCAAUACCAGAAUACUAUCACACUUUUUCUGGAAGCUCGGGACAUCUCUGCAAAACAACAUAAAAGGUCUCUAUUGCUCUAUGUUGCAUCAACUGUUAGAAGACAAGAACGAGCUUAUGAACAUCACAAUGGAAUCUUUUCCGAGUUCGAAGUGUAAAGAGUCUUACCAUGACUGGUCAGUUUCAGAGCUGCACGACAUUUUAUUAAAGGUCUUGGAGUUGGCAAUGGACCAAGAGAAUCUCUGCAUCUUCAUUGACGGCCUUGACGAAUUCGUUGACGAUUGUGGGCAAGAGGCCAUCAUGAAGAUACUGUCAAAUUUCAAGCGGUUUCCAACAGUCAAGAUUUGUGUCACUAGCCGACCGGAGCCAUGGUUAAAGGAGGAAUUGGACACUGUGCCUAAUCUCAAACUGCAUGACUUGACUGCACCGGAUAUGCGAAAGUGGAUCCAGGGAAGGCUCCAGCAAUUUGAGACCAGAUUCGCAUCCAGUCCACACUUCUCUUCCGAUUUAGUCGAAAAACUUCUCGAAAAAGCAGGGGGGGUAUUCCUCUGGACCCGUCUUGCAACACAGAGUGUUAUACGGGGUAUUAAGAACAAAGACUCGGAGGAAAUGUUGAUCUCACGACUGGAACAACUUCCCGAAAAGCUCGAGGAUCUGUACUACGACAUGUGGAAAAGACUGGGCGAUGAUGAGCCUCUCUAUCGAAAGUCAGCAGCCACAUACCUACGCCUUAUGGUCGGGUUUAAAUCUAUGAAGGAAGACGAAUGUAUGAAAAAAUGCCCUGGAUUUGGGGUACUCCAAGUCAUAAAGAUGGCAUGUGCGAGCCGGCCAGAUAUCCGAGGUAUACUGGCCACGUUUACUGAAGACAUUGACUAUAACAUGCUGAACGUGGUCUGUGAAACUACAACGAACGAGAUACUCACAACUUGUGCUGGUCUUCUGGAGGUUUCUUUGGUUGAGCGGUCGUCAAAUCUCUACGGACGAGUGUCAAAGAUGGAUGGCAUAAUUGAGUUCGUUCAUCGCACAGCAUAUGAUUUUAUUAUCGGUACAGAAUCAGGCCAAAAUAUUAUCAGUUGCAGCGAAAUGUCAGACUGCGAGGUGGAGGUGCUUAUUUUCUAUGGUGCCUUGUGCUGGCUGCGGAUACUGCAUCCUCGAAACAAUAUUCGUAUCAGCGCUCUCGACCUCGUGAAAGGAUUGCACAGACUGUUAAGACUUGCAGUUUCCGAGGGCGAAAUGAAGAAAGUCAAGAAUCUAUGUACGUCAAUCAAGGCUUUCUAUGUCAACGGGACUCUGGUCUCCGGCUAUGGGCGAUGGCCACCGCCUCCUUUUGCGUCGAUCGUGGCAACAGUCAGACCAAUCUUCGAUCUGGAGGUAGAAAACAUGGAUCCUGACUUGGCUUCCGCUGUCCUACAAAACAUUCCGUGGCAUAACCUGAGUUGGGACGAGAGAAGUGAAAUCCCAGUGUCAGGACUGCGGAGGCUUCUUUCACAAGGUGCUGACCCAACUGCUGUUGUGUCAUACGCGGCGCUUUAUCCUCGUUCAAAAUUGGACCAUGGAAACCGAACAACCGCUCUGUGGGACUUUCUCUAUCAUACACAAUAUAUCAUGUGGCAAACUGAUCGUCAAAAACGGACGACGAAGCCUCACAUUGUUGAGAUCGCUGCGGAUAUGUUACGAAAAUGUCCUAAAAUGAACAAGAGAGAAAUCCACGAUCACCUAGGUGCUUUGAACACUGCCAAGAUCAACUUGCGACUUUGA